UUAUAAUUUCUUAAGACUUGUAGAACAGAAUAACAGAUGCAACGCCACAUCGAGUAGCCACCGGAAUUAAAUUAACUAGCGGGAAAAUGGACGCCGGAGCUGAAGCUGAUGUGGAUCGUCCGGUGGAUGGCGACUCUUCGGCGGCGGAGGAAUCCGGAUCGAAUCAAUUCAGCGGCGGAAGAUCAGAGCCGUCGCCGUUGAAGCAAGGGGAUAUAUUGAGAACACUAGCGACGGUGGAGAAGGAUUCGCAGGCAAUAGCGGAGAGCUUCGCGUCUCUCUUUGUCUCCCUCCGAUCGACUCUCUCUGAGGCUACGAGUAGCUCUGUUGAUCACAUGACUUGCUUCGGAGAUGCAGCUGGACGGCUUCAGGAAACUGCUUUAGAUGCUUCUACUAAAGGGAAUCGUUACAUCAACUCUUGCCUCAGAUUGAACGAGGAAAUUAAAGGCGUUGAGAAUCUGGCGGCUAGGCUAAAGCACCUGAGGAGAAAUGUGGAUGUUCUUGACACGGCUGUGAACAAGCUUCUCCGUCCUCAGUAAAAUUUCAUAUUAUCUUUCACGGACUUUGGAUCACUUAACGUCUCGUAACAGAUUGCGAUUAUAACUGGUGUGUUUCUAUAUUUUAACACAAGGUUAUUUGUUAAAACGUUUUCAAGUUUGAUUAAAGUAGAUUAGAUCUUUCAA